UGGGGGAAGAAGCAAAAUAGUAUAAAUUGAGGCAGAGCUUGUAACGGCUUCUCUCCAGCUCUGUACUUUCUUCUUCCGCGAGAGUUGCUCUUCUUUCCUUUCCUCUUCUUCAUCGUCUUCUACUUCCGUCUAUCCGGCUGUGGCGGCACCUGAUGGCGGCCGAUCGAGCUCGUCUACCCGCGCAUGUGAUUGCCAAGGCUUUCGCGAUUGAGUACUACCAUCUGCUUACCCGUACCCCUGAGUUUGUCUUCCGGUUCUACAAGGAGGGAAGCAUGCUCAGCCGGCCGGAUCCUCGAGGUGAAAUGACCUCCGUCAUCGGCAUGGAUGCAAUCAAUGAGGAGCUUCUUUCCGUGGACUACAGCGAGUACGAUGCCGUGAUAAAGACACUUGACGCGCAGGAAUCGCUUGAUGGCAGUGUUACGAUUCUUGUGACGGGGUACCUCGCUGGGAAUGAUGGUGUCAAGAAAAACUUUACUCAGUCUUUUUUUCUGGCCACUCAGGAGACGGGAUACUAUGUUUUGAAUGAUAUAUUUCGUCUUCUUGAUGAGGCUAAUGAUCAACCGUCAGUUAGUGCUUGGACAAGUGGAGAUAGUGAACAUCUUGCUCCCGAACCGGCUGAGCAACUGGAACAAGAGAAACUGGAUGAAGCUGAAACUAUUGAUCCUUCAGCUGAGAUUUCUUGUAGUGUCAAGGAGGAAGUGCAAGCAGGAAAAGAGAUUGAUGAAAUUUCUAAAAGUUUGCAGGCAGUCACUCUGAAUCCUAGUUCUUCUACUACUCUGGAAGAGUCACCACCAAGCAAAUCAUAUACUUCUAUUGUUAACAUCAUGAAAGAGAAUCCUACUCCACCUGUUUCUCUGCCCGUUCCUUCUAAACCUGCAGUUGUAAGCAUUGGCCAACCAGCAUCACCAACUUCAAUACCAGCUCUUGUGAUUGAGAAUGCCUCUGGUAGUCCUAAUACCACCGAUAGCUACAGUAGUCCAGAACCAGAAGCUGUUGGCUAUUCAAUCCACUUAAGGAAUCUUCCUUUGAAUGUCACACCUGAACAACUACAUGAAGAGUUCAAGAAAUUUGGACCUAUAAAACCUGGCGGAAUACAAGUCAAACUUUUGAAGCAAAGUGGAAUUUGCUUUGGUUUUGUGCAUUUUGAAGUGGCUGAUGCUGUUGCAAGAGCAAUAGAGGCUUCCCCUAUAACAAUAGGAGGCCAGCCUACAUUUGUCGAGAAAUCAAGGUCUAGAAAUUCAAGAGCCAGCAACAGAGGCAUGUACAGAAAUGAGGGGAUUAGAUGGCGGAGAAGUGCUGGUGCCAUGAGAGGGUUUUAUGGCAGAAGCGAGAGCAGUAGGACUGACUUUGGCCACGGAGGUGGCAGUAGGUCAGGAUGAGGUUGAACCAAAGAAUUGAGCAAGGAUCAUCUGGUGGUCGAGGGAAUUGAUGUGGACCUACAAGUGAUGAAACAUGUGGCAUACCUCAAGCUUUGUUGGCUCCAUCCUUAAAUCGAAAGGCUACUCCCUCUACAUGGCUAGCCACUUGUUGCAGGGUUCGGGCGACCGAACCGUUCAAGAGAUCAAAUGACAAGGUUCAGCCAACUGGACGCUGAGGUGGCAUAGGUGUGUGACUUGGCAGCUAAGUCUUUCAAUGUGCUAACGUGACAUCCAUUGUCAACAAGGAUAAGUCUCAGAUGGGUGGCGUGGCAAAGGAUAGAGAUUGGUUCGUGGAAAAGGAUAGAAUCGGUGUGCCGACGUGGAAAGAAGUGCGGUCAAGGAUAAGCAUUGCGAGGCUGACGUGGCCGAGGAUCGACGUCAAGGUGCUGAGGUGACAGAAAGGCAUUGGCAAAAUGCUGGUUAGUUGACCAAACCUGUAGUGCAGCCAAAUCUUCAUUUUAUCCCAGAGAGCUUUACUGAUCACACACCCAAAGGUGUGGUCCAAGGUUUCAUCAGCAAGUUUACACAACGGGCAGAUUUUCCACGGCACAUAUGGUAGCUUGUCUUUCAUGCGGAGGUGGCCUUGUGCAUAAACUGAUGCUGCAGCAUAAUAUAGGUCUUUCAUACAGCCUUCGCCCAAGUUUUGGGCUCACUCCAGGGUCAAAAGAACUGGUAGGAGGCUGCCGACCCUUGCUGGACAAAACAGAACCAACCUGCCAGAGUGGUUUGAGCCUGCUGUACCAAACCUGUUCGGUCGUGUAUUAUGUCCCUGAGUUGGAGCAAUUUCUUGAUCAAAGGCAAGUCUGAGGCCUUGGGUUUCGAGUCCCAUAAGUCAACGUACAUGAGUUUAUUCUGCCUGGUUAACAUUAGUUAAUUAGGAACCGUCGGAAGUUGUUAUAUUAAAGAAGCAAUAUGUGGAAAUAUAACUAGUUCUAUUUCUUAAUUUUAU